CUCUCCCCUUUCUUAAAUUGACAUCGGUCUGGCUCGAAACAUGAUAACAGAAAAGCCUUCCUCCGCUCCGCGUUGUCGGGCUGUCCUCAACCCCGAUCACUUGAAACUCAAAUAAGCAGGAGGCGUAAAGAGGAAAAGGGGAUCGCACCGUAUCCUAUCAGCGGGUGCUCAGAGGGAAUAACAAGAGACCUUUAUAUCACACACACCCUCGUAUGUGCUCUUGCGCAUCGUAGAUCUUAGAAAGUGCUCGUGUUCAACUACAGUGAAAGUUAACAUGUAUAUGCACGCUUUGAUACGCGCGAGUCUUGGAUUUGUAGGUUUCUGCUUGGUCGCCUUUGUCCAACAGUCAGCUUCAGGAAGUAAAACCACUCAAGAUGUGGACGAGUGUGCAGAGGCGCUUGACAACUGCAGCAUCGAUGCCAUCUGCCAGAACACCCUGAAGUCAUACAAAUGUAUCUGCAAGUCAGGCUAUAAAGGGGAUGGCAAACAUUGUGAAGAUGUCGACGAGUGUGCAACUGAUUACAAUGGUGGCUGCGUCCAUGAAUGCAUCAACAUCCCAGGAAAUUACAGGUGCACAUGCUAUGAUGGCUUCCGUUUGGCACAUGAUGGGCACAAUUGUCUAGAUGUGGAUGAGUGCUCAGAAGGUAACGGCGGAUGCCAACAGAUUUGUGUCAACAUGAUGGGCAGCUACGAGUGCCGCUGCCGAGAAGGAUUCCUCCUGAGUGACAACCAGCAUACAUGCAUCCAGAGGCCUAAAGUGCAACAAGAAGGUGCAAAGGAGGGACCCACCUGCAUGGACAAGAAUCACGGCUGUGCACACAUCUGCAGGGAAACACAGAAGGGUGGCAUCUCCUGUGAGUGUCGACCUGGAUUCCAGCUGACGCGUAACAUGAAGGACUGCAAAUUGACGUGUAACUACGGUAAUGGAGGUUGCCAGCACAUCUGCGAGGAGACGGACAAUAACCCCAAGUGUUCGUGCCACAUGAAGUUCAUCCUGCACACCGAUGGAAAGACUUGUGUAGGGGAGAGGAGCGUCCAGUCCCAGGCAGCCCCACAGCUGUUCCCCAAUGAGACCUGUGCAGUGAACAAUGGCGGCUGUGAUAGCACAUGUCACGAUUCAGUGACAGGAGUCCGCUGCAGCUGUCCUGUUGGCUUCACUCUGCAGCCGGACCGCAAGACCUGCAAAGACAUUGAUGAGUGCCGUCUUAACAAUGGGGGUUGUGAUCAUGUGUGUCGAAACACAGUGGGCAGCUUUGAAUGCAGCUGCAAGAAAGGCUACAAGCUGCUGACCAAUGAGAGGACAUGUCAAGAUAUUGAUGAAUGCUCUUUUGAUCGCGCCUGCGACCACUUCUGUGUCAACUCUGCCGGCAGUUUCCAGUGUCUCUGUCAUAAAGGAUACGUCCUCUACGGCCUGGCACACUGUGGAGAUAUUGAUGAAUGCAGCAUAAACCGUGGAGGUUGUAAAUAUGGCUGCAUCAACACUCUGGGGAGCUACGAGUGUACCUGUCCACCAGGGUACAAGCUGCACUGGAACAGGAAAGACUGUGUUGAGUUGGUGAAAUGUCCUCUUGGACUGUUGGCACCAAAGGCCACUCUGACCUGUAGCAAGACGGGCAAGAAAGAGAGCUGCUCUCUUACCUGUGCCUCUAAGGCUCACUAUCUGGCAGAGUCUGACAACAGCUACUCAGUCAGUUGUGGUAUCCCCAUCCUCAGAGGGAAGUCUCCCGCCAGGCUCAACUCCAGCAGCAGUCAGAGCUGCAUAGAGACUUUGGCCCCUCCAGUGAAGCAGACGGCUUCUUUCAAGAUUAAAAAUGCCAAAUGUCACCUGCACCCGAAGCUGACCGGCAGGACGGAGGACAGAGGACGGACACUUGGACCAGGAGGGGGGCAGCCCUGCAGCAACUGCCUGGUGACAUUUGUCAACCUCAAAUGUGAUUCCUCUAAGAAAGCUAAAGGUCGACGUGCUCGCAACCCAGCUAACAAAGAGGUAACACGCAUCACUUUGGAGCUGGAAGCUGAAGUCAAACCUGGAGACACGACAGGAAGCUGUAAUCUCAGCUGCCUGAGACAACGCAUGGAGAAGCAGGUUAAGACGUAUAUAAAGGCUCUGAAGAAGUCCAUCAACCAGGAGCGCUUCCUCAUCCGAGUUGCUGGUUUGGAAUACGAAGUGGCCCAGAAACUUCCACAGGCUGCUCCCGUACCGGAGAACUGUGGGCCGGGCUGGGAGAGGGAAAGCGGCCGAUGUGUCAGAUGCUUGUCGGGGUCUUACUACCACGGUGAGCAGGAGCGCUGUGUCCAGUGUCCACCUGGCACCUUCCAGGAGAAGGAGGGGCAGCUGGCCUGUGACCUCUGCCCCGGCAGUGAUGGCCACGGGCCUGUCGGGGCGCGAAACAUCUCCUCCUGUGCAGGCCAAUGUCCAACUGGGUCCUUCUCCAGCGAUGGGUUCAAACCCUGCCAGGCGUGUCCUCAGGGCACCUACCAACCAGAUUUGGGACGGACCCUGUGUUUCCCGUGUGGGGGGGGACUUGGCACCAAGCGGGAGGGUGCUAGUUCCUUCCAUGAUUGUGAAGUCAAAGUUCAGUGUUCUCCAGGUCAUUAUUACAACACCACAGUACACCGGUGUAUCCGCUGCCCAGUGGGGACGUAUCAGACAGAGUUCAGACAGAACUACUGUAUUACCUGUCCUGGGAACACCACCACAGAUUUUGAUGGUGCCACAAGUGUCUCCCAGUGCAAGAACAGGCAAUGUGGUGGUGAGAUGGGCGAAUUCAUGGGUUAUAUUGAGUCACCUAACUAUCCUGGUAAUUACCCUGCUAAUGUGGAGUGUAUAUGGAACAUCAACCCGCCCAGCAAGCGCAAGAUCCUAAUUGUGGUGCCAGAGAUUUUCCUGCCCUCAGAGGAUGAGUGCGGAGAUGUGCUGGUUAUGAGGAAGAACUGGUCAGCCACAUCCAUCACCACAUAUGAGACAUGUCAGACGUACGAGCGGCCCAUCGCCUUCACCGCUCGCUCCAGACGUCUCUGGAUUAACUUCAAGUCCAAUGAGGCAAACAGCGCCAGAGGCUUUCAGAUCCCUUAUGUUACUUAUGAUGAGGACUAUGAACAGCUCGUAGAGGAUAUAGUGCGAGAUGGAAGACUCUACGCCUCAGAAAACCAUCAGGAAAUCCUCAAGGAUAAAAAACUGAUUAAGACUCUUUUCGAUGUGCUGGCUCACCCAAACAACUACUUUAAGUACACCACUCGGGAGUCCAACGAGAUGCUUCCUCGCUCCUUCAUACGUCUCAUAAGCAGCAAAGUCUCAGCUUUCCUGCGACCAUACAAGUAAAGCUCACACAGCUGCCGAAGCACCGGAUCACGACCUCCCUCCCCCCGACGUCCCCCUCCACCUUACAAGCCGCAACUCUUACAGGACUUAAAAAACACAAAACAUACUAGUGUGUUUACUCUUAUUUUCCGUAGGCUUUGACAAUAAACACUAUGCAGACCUGAGAAAUACUGAAAAUUUGUGUUUUAGGUUUUUUGUCAGUUUCCAUUCAGCGCAGGUCUGCAAUCCCGAGCUCAAGCGUUAGUGGGGAUGUAGAGUUUGUGAGUGGGUUUGGUUUCUGUUGUGCAAUGAGACCACAAAAAAAGAAAUAAAAUAGAAACGCCUAUUUCAGACAAUAGGAGUGACGUUCUGUGUGCGCGGUUUGAGCUUGUUAUUGUAUUUGCUUAAAUGAGCGGUCUGAGUUUCAACUCCUACCAUUAAGUAUGACUGUGAGUGUUGUGUAACCCUAGUUCCAUCUUCAGUGUCUGUGUGCUGCCUCGAGGAGGAGCGGUUGUUAAAUUCAUGUCGCAGCUGCUUUCAGGUCAUUCAAAGCCUUACUAUAUUUGAGCUCUUAGAGCGGUUUCCAAGGGUUUUACUGUUAAAACAGUUAAUCUAUAUUUUGUUCCUUCUGUCUAGACAGUACCAGCGUUUUCCCACCUUCGGAUAAUUUCUGUUGCUCUUUUCUGUUUUUUUAAAGCCAACUUAAAAGCAAAUAGAAACAGGUGAUGUAUCAUUCCAGGAACAUAGUGGACAUUUGGGAGAUGAAUAACAAACUAAUAAUUGUGAGAGCCACAGAAAUGAGGUAAUGUGAUGUCUAGUGGAACAUGUCUCAGAGAGAGAUAGAGAGAAAUGUCUUUGAGGGACAUUAUGUUUGCUGCUUCUUUUAAAAGGUCACUUUAAUUCUUCAAUCUCAUUGUCUUUCUGAUGUACUCUACACACUAAUAGUCUCUAGGUUUAAAACUAAAGGAAGCUCCGCGUCUGAAAUACUUUAGUUCUUACACACAGUAAGUUGAUAAUGUCACAUUGUCUGUCUGUGGACUACCAGUUUUAUUGUGUUUUUAUUUCAAAAUUGUAAAUAAUGAAAAUAAAUUAGACGAGGGUUGAAUUCUUUAAUCCUAAAUUUCUUACGCAGGACGCCCAAAAUCAUUAUCUGCCCCACCUGUCUCAGAUCCAAAGACACCCAGCGCCCCUCUUCAAACAGCCCCGUCACGUUUUGUUCUGUCCCAAUGAAGACAGCUCUUCCAAAGACCGCCCAAGAAAGGCGGGUCACUUUGUUUUGUGCACUAAAUUUAGAGCCCGUCAUCCUACCUUUCUUAGAACAAAGUGAAAUGAACGAAAACAACGCGUCUUAAUUUUGGUUACACCAGACGGUGACCCACAACGAAGCUUGUGAAAUGUGUUUUAGGCUGCAUUCUUGUUGAGACUCAUUGUAUUAAAUAUUUAUCAGUCACUCUGGGCAGAAGAUGUUUGGGUU